AUGGAAUUGAAUGCUAGCAAUUCAUCAUGGGAUGUUAAUGGCGAUCUAAAUAGUUCAAUAACAUCAUCAUUCGAACGAAAAAUCAAAUUUUAUAUACUUGUUAUUUUACAAAGUCCAUCACUUUUCUGCACUCUUUUCAUGUUACGAUAUUUUCAAUGGCGUCAUUUACAAACUCAAAUUUAUGGUUUUCUUCUUAUAGUCAACGUUCUAAUUCUUGGUUUUGAAUUACCUAUUACACUUUAUUAUUUAUAUGAAGGAAGUAUUUAUUUUGAAAGUAGAUGUUCAGCUUGGAUCACUUUGAAUUAUUCACUUUUUCAAUUGAGUAUUUUUCUAAUGACAUGGAUAUCUAUUCAACGUUAUUUAUUUAUUUAUCAUGAACAAUUCAUUUUGAGACAUAUGAUUCUUCUUCAUUAUGGGCCAGUUGUAUUUCUCUUUUUAUAUUGUCCUUUACUCUAUAUUGGUAUUGUUGUAUUAUAUAAAUGUAAACCAGUUUAUGAUGUAAAUCUAUAUAUUUGUGGUGGUCCAUGUUAUUCAUUAGAAUUAGGUCUUGGCUUAUUUGAUUGGGUUGGAAAUGGUAUUAGUAUGGAAAUGGCAACAUUAAUUGUUAAUGUAAUAGUUACUAUACGUCAUUUUAUACAACGUUAUCGAAUGAAAAGAGCAAUUAUUACAGCAGAUGGACGUCGACAAUGGAAUCGAUCAGUAAAAUUAGGUGCGCAACUUGUUGCCAUAGGUAUGAUUUAUGUGAUUGGUUGGGUUCCAUAUUCGAUUAUUGUAUUGAUUCAAAUGUUUAAAGGUUCUGAAGAACUUGCUGAUAUUCUUUCAAGAUUUUUUGCUUAUUUCCCAUAUCUUCAAGAAUUAAUACUUCCUUUUGUUGCUAUUUUAUACAUGCCGGAAGUAAAAAGAAAACUUACUGCUUUAUUUAUGUUUCCAUGCAUGAAUAUGAAAAGACGUCAUCAAAAUCGAAUUCACGCCAUUCAUAAUCAAACAGUUACAAGUACUAUUCAAUCACGAACUAUCAAUCAUCAUUAA